AUGAUAACUUUUUCUUUAUUCUCUGUGAAUAUCCCUAUUUUAUAUCGUGAAUUAUUAAUUGUAAAAAAUGACGAAGGAGCUGUAAUAGAUAAUAUUACCUAUUUGACUGGUAAUUUAACAUUCGAAGAUUCGGAACGAUUGAAUUAUAAAUGGGAGUUGGAUGAGAAGAAAAAUUUGUAUUUUCAACACGAUGACAUUUUUGGAUGGUUUUCAUAUACUGGUUUGAAUCCGAACAAAAACAAUACAUUAAGAAUUAUGUCAUUUGGAAAUAGUUGGACAACUAAUCAUGCAAAAAUUAUGUAUGAAGAAUGUGGACCGAAAUUGAAAGAAUUUCUGAGAGGUUCAAUAAGUGGUUAGUUUUUUCUAUGUCAUCAUAGUACUGGAGAUUUUUUUUUGAAAAAAUCUAUAGAGCUCAAAAUGUAUUUCAAUCAUAUAAAAACUGCUGAGAUAUGAAAACCCCAAUAUUAUUUGAAAAAAUAAGUCCCUAAAUAACUUAUUUAAUGAAUAAUACCAGAACAUUUCAGGUUGUGAACCUAUUUACAAAUUUCCAAGUGAAUUCAAAAAUUGUUCCGAAUUUUUGGUAGAAGUUGAACAACAUUUGGAAGUCUUCAAACCAGAUUAUGCAUUUCAUAUGACAAGAUCAGUUAAUAUAGGUAACAAUUAUACAGAUGAUUUCGAAAAUGAUCCAAUUUAUCAAUCAAUUUUGAAUGAGACACGAUAUAUGGUCAAACAUAUCAAACAUAAAUUAUUUAUACUGAAUUCAAUUCCAUCAGUUGAUCGACAAGUUAUAAAACAUUUAACAGAAUAUUUGAAAAAUAAUGUAUCGAAAGAUGAAAUUGAUGUAAGUUGACAUUUACCGGGCCGGCCUAGAAAAGCCUUGCAAAACGGACAAAAAUACACCAUAAACAUAAAUAAGUAUUUUAGACCAAAAUGUACAUGUCUUAUGAUAAACAUGUGGCAGCAACAAAACGAUAUGCUCAAUUAAUAAAAGAUUGUGGUUCGAAAUGUGAACUUAUUGAUUAUUAUGAUUUUUUUCAUCCAAAUGGAAUAAAAACCUAUCGAUAUUAUGAUGAGAAUGGUCUUUUAUAUAUGACUCCUGGAUCACAUUUGAGUAGUUGGGCUUUCGAAUAUUUACGCCCAUUUUGGAAACAUUUUUGUGCUAACAAAAUUGUCUAG